CUGUGGUUUAAAAAGAGAACCCGGGAACGGACUUUCCUUGUUUUAGUCUGACAGAGGCCGGGGUUGGUUUUCAGACACUUUUAUUUUUAUUUAAAUGUAUUUUUCUUUCUGAUAAAAAUUUGAAAAAAAUCAACAUCAACUGCGCUGCGUUCAUGGUCAUGUUUGAGACUAGCAGUGAUGACUUGUCCCUGCCUGCUUAUUGGGAUGAGGAGCUGGUGGACACCUUGUUAUGCAGUGAGGACUCCGACGGUGACAGUGGUAGAGGUGGUCUCACCCUGGCCAAAGCCCUGCUCCCCCUUGCAGAGCCCCCUUCCUCUCCCUUUGGCCUCUGGGUCUGUUCCACCCGCUACAAGACCGAGCUCUGCACCAACUACUCGGCCACCGGCUUCUGCAAGUACGCCGAACGCUGCCAGUUCGCUCAUGGCCUCCACGAACUUCGCGUUCCUUUUCGCCAUCCGAAGUACAAGACGGAGUUGUGUCGCAGCUACCACGCUUCCGGCUACUGUUACUAUGGCAACCGCUGCCUGUUUGUCCACAGUCCCGCAGAGCAGCGGCAGACCCGUCGCCGCCGCAGGAACGUCCCGUGUCGGACGUUCUGCACCUUCGGGGUUUGUCCGUUUGGCUCGCGCUGCAACUUCUUGCAUGUGGCAGGUGGCGAAGCGGGAGGCGAAGCCGGGGAGGUUCAGGAUUCUGACUGUGAUAAGACUUUGCCUGCUCCCACCACCAAGACCCACCCACCACCUAAGGAGUGGAGGCCUCGCGGAGCUUUGUGUCGCACUUUCAGCUCUUUUGGUUUCUGCCUUUAUGGAACAUGUUGCCGUUUCCAGCACGGCCUCCCCAACAAGCUGAAAACCUCCGACCAGAACCAAGGAAGGAAUCUGUCUUCACAGCUGACCUCCAUCAGUCCAGGUUUACUCCGCUCCACCUGGUCUAGUACUUCAACCUCCUCGUCUCCUUCCACUUCCCCUGUGGACACCCCGUUUUCUGAGGACACGGCCCACAACGCUUUCACCUUCUCCAGCCAGCAGCUGAGCGGAGUUCUGCUGCCCCUGGCCCUCCAUCUGCAGCAUCUGGAGAGCGGGAAAGCUCAGGAGAUCUAGGACAUCAGGGAACGGACUUUAACCAGAUUUUU